AUGUCACCCCGGUUUACAGCAAUUACAACCCCCACUAACGCUUCGCUAUCUCCCAUCGUAACAGGAAGCAUCCCGAAGCGACUCAUCGUGGCCGUAAUGAUCUUCAUCGCGUGCCUGACGUCGUUCAUGUUGCGUGUCAACAUGUCCAUCAACCUGCUGGCGAUGGUACAACCGACGACCGGUAACUCCACCUCGGCGGUGAACGUGACUACAGACAAUGCGACGACCUUCUCGAGUGACCCGGUGGCCAACUACGGACCACGGUACGCCUGGGGCCAGCGUACGCAGAGCAACAUUUUGGGGGCUUAUUUUUACGGAUAUCUGCUGACGUCACUUCCGGCGGGACUGCUUGCGGAAAGGUACGGACCUAAGGCACUGGUGACGAGUUCGUUUGUGGGGAGUGCCGUUGUGACGGCCGUUACACCGGCCUUGGCUGCGUACAGCGCUUGGGCGGUUAUUGGGUCUAGGGCGUUGAUUGGGCUGCUGGCUGGGUUUGUGUAUCCGACGUUACACAACUUAAUAUCCCGGUGGAUUCCUCCGAAUGAGAGGGGCAAGGUCAUUGCUUGCAUCUCCGGCGGAAGUACGUUUGGAACGGUUUUGACCUGGCCAAUAGCUGGGAUCCUGACGGAGAAGCUCGGCUGGGCUUACUCGUUCUACCUGCCAGCUGUGUUUGUACUCCUGAUCGCAAUCCUGUGGGUCGCACUUAUUGAAGACUCACCCGCGGAGCACAAGUCCAUCACACCCACCGAGCGGCAAUUCAUCGAAGAAUCGUUCGGCGAUACCAUCUCCAAAACGAAAACCUUCCCACCGUACAAGCAGGUCUUCACCUCGCUACCAUACCUGGCCCUCCUCGUUCUCCAUUACGGCAACUUCUGGGGCAUGAACUUCUUCAUCACGCAAACACCCAAGUUCAUGAACGAAGUGCUCGGCUUCAAGCUUGCCAACGCUGGCUUCCUCUCCAGCCUGCCCUACAUGGCGCGGAUGUUCUCCGGGUUCUUCUUCGGCUUCAUCGGCGAUCUGAUCCGCCAGAAGAACCUACUGAGCACAACAGCGAUCCGCAAGUCGUUCUGUCUGUUCUCCCACCUUAUUCCGGCGGUGUUCCUCAUAAUCAUACCGUUUGUGGGGCAGGAUCCGCUGGUUUGCGUUGGCCUCAUUGUGUCCUGUCUUGGGUUCAACGGAGCGUCAACCAUUACGAACCUGGUGAACGCGCAGGAUUUGGCGCCCAACUUUGCAGCGACGCUGUACGGAUUUAUGAAUUUCCUCGGCACAACGGCGGGCUUUCUGGCGCCGAUGCUUGUGGCGUACUUCACCGCGGAGAAGAACACAAUGUACGAGUGGCGGAACGUUUUCCUCAUCAGCGCGGCCAUUUACGCCGUUUCGGGGACGAUUUUCAUCAUCUUCGGCUCGGGCAAGGUGCAAAAGUGGAACGACGUCAAACCAAAGGCGGACCCACCAACAACAACGAAUUCCAGCCACAACGAUGAGUGUUGUGAGAGUAAACGAAAGUAGUGCAGGCAGGCUUUUUAGUACUCUUUAGUUUGUAGAGCAAUAUUGAUAUUUUUUCUAUUUAUUCCAAUUCAAAUGAAAACUGUGUGAAGUAAAACGCAGUAAGUAAGAUUAACUUUGAAGCGAAUUUUAUUUGCAAUAUUAAGAUAAUAAAUAAGAGGAACCUGCCGUGAUCGGGCCGCUCUGAGUGGCCACGCGGUAAGCUUAGCUAAGGUUCAGAUCAAAUCAUUUGAAUAGUAAGCGUAAAUCACAAACAGAUAACAAUACGUGAAAAUCAAAAUACAAAUUGUACAAUUGCAAAGCAA